AUGACCAGAAGCGCUGACACCGGGAGCUACAGGAUUGCUGAGCUCAGCCUGCUGCAGAUUGAAGGGGGUUUAUCGGGGGCCUGGCUUAAGCCCCGGGUGCUGAGCACAGCCCCCCGCAGGCGGCCCCCCGGGACCUUGGCCCCGUCCUUGUCCCACAUCGGGUGGCAGCGGCGGCAGCGGCGGGCACAGGGGAGAGCGCUGGAGGCCGCGGGGGGCUGGAGCUCGUUGCCCAUCCUGGUGCUGACCUCCAAGGAGCGGGUGGUGAGCCGCAGGGCCGCGGGGCCGAGGAUGGGCGCUGGGGCCAGUGCUGAGGAGAAGCAUUCCCGGGAGCUGGAGAAGAAGCUCAAGGAAGACGCUGAGAAGGAUGCCAGGACUGUCAAGCUUCUGCUGCUGGGAGCAGGAGAGUCGGGAAAGAGCACCAUUGUCAAGCAAAUGAAGAUCAUCCACCAGGACGGUUACUCGCUGGAGGAAUGCCUGGAGUUCAUUGCCAUCAUCUACAGCAACACACUCCAGUCCAUGCUGGCCAUCGUGAGGGCCAUGACCACCCUCAGCAUCCAGUACGGGGACACAGCUCGCCAGGAUGAUGCCCGCAAGCUGCUGCACCUCUCAGACACCAUUGAGGAGGGCACCAUGCCCAAGGAGAUGUCGGAAAUCAUCGGGCGGCUCUGGAAGGACUCAGGCAUCCAAGCCUGCUUUGACCGUGCCUCUGAGUACCAGCUCAAUGACUCUGCUGGCUACUAUCUGUCAGACCUGGAGCGCCUGGUGACCCCCGGCUACGUCCCCACAGAGCAGGACGUGCUGCGUUCCCGGGUCAAGACAACCGGCAUCAUCGAGACCCAGUUCUCCUUCAAAGACCUCAACUUCAGGAUGUUCGAUGUGGGCGGACAGCGCUCAGAGCGGAAGAAGUGGAUCCACUGCUUUGAGGGGGUGACCUGCAUCAUCUUCAUCGCGGCCCUCAGCGCCUACGACAUGGUCCUGGUGGAGGAUGACGAAGUGAAUCGCAUGCACGAGAGCCUGCACCUCUUCAACAGCAUCUGCAACCACCGCUACUUCGCCACCACCUCCAUCGUCCUCUUCCUCAACAAGAAGGAUGUCUUCCUGGAGAAGAUCAAGAAGGCCCAUCUCAGCAUCUGCUUCCCUGACUAUGACGGUCCCAACACGUACGACGAUGCGGGCAACUACAUCAAGGUGCAGUUCCUGGAGCUGAACAUGCGGCGGGAUGUGAAGGAGAUCUACUCCCACAUGACCUGCGCCACCGAUACCGAGAACGUCAAGUUCGUCUUCGACGCCGUCACUGACAUCAUCAUCAAGGAGAACCUCAAGGACUGCGGGCUCUUCUGA